GCCGACCGACCGACCACCGCACAAACAAACACACUGACUGACUGACACACAAAUACAUACAGACACACACACACAGACAGCAUGUGUCCCCCUUCCGCUUUGUUUGCCCUCCAUUGUCUGUCUGUCUGUCUGUCUGCAGUGUCUGUCAUUCAUUCCCCCAUCGGUCCCUCCCUCAAGGCCUCAUGUCCAUUCCCUCCCCUGCACGUGCUCCUCAGCCCCAUUGGACGACAGAUGCGGGUACAAACCACCACCACCACCCACACCCACACCCCUGCCGUCAUACUCCUGCCCACUCCCGCUCAGUGUCCCACCACCACCAGCCGGCCGCCGCCGCCUGUCGGGCUCGUCGCUGUUUGCCGCCGGCGGUGCUGUUUGUGGGAAUGGGUUUGUGAUGACCGGCCUGGCGAUGUGCCACGUCAGGGAUGCGGCCGGGUAUCGAUGGCCGCCGGGGGUGGUGGCCUCGGACACGUGGUAGGGUGGCGGCGGCUCGGCAAAGGAGUUGUGCUCCAGUGAAUCCCGGGGGGUCGACCUGCACGUAGGGAUCGGAUCGCAUACAUCACAUCGGUGGAUUGGAUGGGAUGAACGAACGGGUGGGUGGAUUGAUGGGCUGGCUGGGCGUAAAGGCCAGACGUGACGUACGUGUGGUUUUGUGUUGUGUGUUGGUUGGUAUGUAUGUGUGUCCUGACUGUACCCUAGGUACCUGGCGGCAGAGCUGAGUUCGGAGGAUGGUGUGAGUGGGGUGAGCUCAGAGAGGAGGGCGACCACAGCGGCGAGGGAGCCCAUGCGAUGAUACGCAUACUGGAUGCGAAGCACCACAACACAAACACACCCACACCACACCACACCACAGCACAGCACAGCACAGGGACACGCAUCACAUCAGUCCCGCUGCAGUGGGACCACCACGGCUGGCUGGGACUUCUUGGCAUGCCUACCAGUUUGCGUAUCGCCCGUUCGGUGUCGCCGAGUGCGUCCAUGUGGGCGUAGGUGUACUGCUUCCACGGCGGACACCGACCAGGAUGCUCUCUGAAUGAAACCAUCACAUCCACACACACACACACAGACAGACAGAUACACACGUGGGUUGUGAGUGAUUGAUCGCGACCGUCAUUGGCUGGCUGCUCACUCACCCGAAGGGGUCAGGUCUGUUGGCCGACAGUGACGCCCUGAGCGGCGUCGAGACGCCGUCCUCUGAUAUGCUGCCGGCGUCAUAGUUGCGCUUGUAGUCGGUGUACUCGCACACCAACAUGCCACACCUGCAUCCCAUCCACGCGAACCAUAAUCCCCCCCCCACACAUCCAUGGAUUGGAUUGCGUGUGCUCAUGCCAUGCCCCUGUCUCUCGUCCAAUUUCCUCACUCACCAGACGUUCAUCAUGACGGGCCGCACCACCGCCGGCAGCGGCUUGUGCCGCGGCAGGGGCGACGCGAAGUAAAACAUCGAACGAGCAUCGUCGGGGAAACUCUGUCCAUUGCAAUAAUUGACGGAAACAAACAAACAAACCACACGCCAUGCCAUGCCAUGCCAUGCACCCGAUUCUUUCGCAUGCCCGUCCAGCCCAGGUGAGGUGCGGUGCCUCCCUCACCCGCACAGUGGCUGUCCUGUCCCUGACGAGGUGAGCGAUGUCCGACGAGUGGCUUGGUCUAACUGCCGCUGGGUCGGGGUACGCUGGCGCGCCGUUGUUGACGGCCAGGCCCAUGGGGGCACUCAUGGGCUUGGGGGGAUGGGACGGCACCAGCGGGGCAUAGUAAGACGCUAGCGUGCUGACAGACAGAGGGCAGACACACACACACCAGACAGAUAAACCAGAGAGGGAGGGAUGCCGAUGGCCAUCCUGUGCGGACCAUUCUGUCUGUGUGUGUGUGUGUGUGUGUGUAACGUGAGGAUUCGCGCACCCAUGCUCUUCGAAGUACGAGUCGGGGGGAAACACUAAAGACAGACAGACAGAAGCGCCGCCACGAUCCUUCCAUCCAGCCACAGCUUGAUCGGUGUGUUGCAUUUCUCUCUCACCGUAUUCAGCAGCGAGGCCGUUGGCCGGGUCGAGCCGGUAGAAGCCAGCACCAACCAACACUGAUGGAUCCACAGGCGCAAUGCACAAACAACGGAACACGGGCAUGGCAUGAUCCGAUCCCCACCCAACACAACCCACACCUCGCUCGCCAGUAUCUAUCAGUCAUGCGAUGCGUUUGGUGUUUGCUCACCGAUGGUGUAGCACAAGCCCUGCACCCACUGCGGCAGCUCGCCAGGGUUGCCCUCAAGCAGCACUGCACACACACACACACACAUACACACAUAGGUGUGCAUGGCCAUCACUCAACACAGGGAUCACUUCGUCGUGCGUGUACUGUCCUGUGCAGUGUGGGUGAGCCGACCCGCAAAGUAGGUCCCGAACAUGGCUUGGAAUGGUUUGAGUGCAAAGAGGGUGAACACGGCGGUGGGGAUACUCAACACACCCACCAUGGCCACCGGAUACGUGCUCUGCACCACAGACACGCACACACACAGGCAGAGAAAUAAACGGAUGGACACCCACCCAUCCCACCGCAAGUGAGUGGUCUGAUCCCAUCCCCCAUGCAGUGUGGCGUGAUGGAUGUACCUUACCCACCUGUCUGACCAUACAGAUCUGUGCCAUCUGUGCCCCAAUGGUGAACACCGCCAGCAAACCCAAAUACAACGCUGGCACGGCACGUGGGGUGGGUGCGGUGAGCACACAGUGAGCCGAAGGAAGGUCGUGCUUCGUGUUGUGGGUGUAUGUGAGGUCCUCACUCUAUCUACCUGCUGUUGAGCAGUAAUUGGCGUCGGUGGUGAUGCCUGUGGCUGCCGGCUCGCGGAAGCUCCCCAGCGGCUGCAGAUUCAACCCGCCUGAACACACACACACACGCGCACACACGCACUGCAGUGAGUACAAACAAAUGGUGACGUGUAUCUGGCUGACGUACAUAUGACGAAUUCCACGAGUGCCCUCCAGAGUUGACUCGGGGCGAUGUUGUUGACACCUGAAGACACACACAGCACGGCGUCAAUCAUAUCAUGGAUAUGAUCGGCCCAUCUAUCUACUCAUGUGCUGUGUGUGUUUGUUGUAGCGGUCGGUCCUCUGCCUGCCCCCGUGUGUUGUGUGUGUUGUGUACCUACCUCUGAUGCAGUUUAGAGGAACGAAGAGUAGUGACCAGAGGCACUGGUACAUGGUGCAGUAGAACAGCAUGUAGAACACAUUCAGACGCCGGAUGAUGUAACACUGUUGCUGAAUGUUCGCAAUGAAUGCAAUACACACACCACACAAUACCAACACAUACGCACGUCAGUCACGUCACACGACGCGCAGUGAGUGUAACAGACACCACACCAGAGCUCUGCCCAGUGCAGUCAGUGCAUUCGUGUGUCUGUCUGUGUGUGUGGAGUGAGUGGCCAGCUGUGUGCACUGACUGCAUUGCAUGCCAUGGCUGACCUACCUGAAUGAUGGCGGAGAGGGCGAGUGGGAUCUGUGCCAGCAGGAAGGUCGUGUACCACCAGAUCUGGGUCACGGUCGCGUCACUGGAGUACAGGAAAUACGCCGACAUGUGAAACAGGGAACCCUGCAACCGCACCGCAACACCACACACACACAAGGACAUUGAUUGCGUCUCACGGCACAAGUACAAGUGGGCGUCUGUCUGUCUGCCCACGUACGUACCACGAUGAUCAUGGCGGUGCCGCCGAGGGCCUUCUUGGAAAAGACACGGCCCACCGACAGGUCAGCCGAGAUGGUGAAUGCCACCACGAACGGGAUGAUGGUGUGCGAGAGGGACGCCUGCAGCGUCAGCGGCGUCGCAUUGAACGCAAAAAACUCUAUCUGAAUGCAGGACAGACACAUCACAUGCACAACAUACAUAACGGCAAACACACACAUCUCCAUGGAUCGAUGCCAUCACGCGUGUGUGUGGGCCGGGUGGUGGUUGUCUGUUCUGCCUGCCUGACCACUCUGCUGGUAGCAUUGCAGAAUCCGAUGACGACGAAGCUCCGCUGCAACGUCCUGCUGCGGACCUCAGGGAGGAAGCCCUGGUGGAACAGACGGCCGGUGAGGAGAAAGAUCCCAUAGAAGGGCAGACUGAUGAACGACAGCACCAGCACCAAGAAGUUGGUCUGCGUCCCGAACACACGCGCCGACGCCUUAAGGAAGAUGACUUGCCCCAUGGACAGCACCACUGUGGCGAGGACCCAUAAGGCCGUCACGGUGCCCUGCUUGAUCUCCGUCACCAACACCAUGGUUGUCAAAGCUGUGUUUCUACAGAUCUAGGCCCAAGCUCGACACGCUGGUUCCUUGGAGCCACGCGGACCGCACGCGCAUGAAAAGGAGAGGAGAGAGG